AUGGAUGUAUUACAUGCAGCUGAUUAUGGUCGUUUAACUGUAGUUAAAGAUUUAAUUUCUAAAGACAAAUCAAUCCUACAUACAUGUCGACAUAAAGAUCCAUUAAAUCGAGCUUUUAAUGUUGAUGGUUCAGCAAUUCAUUAUGCUUGUCGAUCUGGUCAUUUGAAUGUUGUAAAAUAUUUAUUAGAACAAGAUUCAACCCUUAUCAAUGAUGUAGAUAUUGAGAAAUGGACACCAUUACAUUAUGCUUGUAAUAACGGACAUUUAAAUAUCGUUAAAUUAUUAUUAGAAUAUAAUGCUGAUAUUAAUUUACAAGAUAGUUAUUUAUCUCAAACACCUAUACAAUUUGCUAUGUAUAGACAAUUUGACGAUAUUGUUCAUUUCUUAGAUCCAAAUAUAAAAUGGACAAAAAGAAAUAUUGAUGAAAUAACCAAAAAAGGAAGUGUAUCUGUUUUUCGAAAAAAUUCAAAAUUAUUUCUUGGACGAUAUAUUUUACUUGAAGAUCAUAUUAAACAAAUUGAAUUAUUUCGAAAUAAUUCACAAUCAGAUGAUAUUGAAUUAAAUCGAAUUCAAGAUGUUGAAUUAGAUAAUUUUUAUGUUCGAAUACGAUUAACACAUAAUUUUAAUCAACAUAUAAACAAAACACAAGAAUUAUCUUCGAACGAAAAUGAUGAUCUAUUUUUAAGAUCAUCAACAACAUCAACCAAUGAACAUAUUAUGGUUUUUUAUGAUAAAUAA